AUGAAUGAACAAAAAAAAGAAUAUAUAAAUAAUAACAAUAUUAAUAAUUAUAAUAGUUCAAAUGGAAAAGAAAAGUCUUCCAUUCCAUCAAAAAAUGGAAUUUGGUACUAUCCAUCACAGAAACAAUUUUAUAACACAACAAAAAAAAAAGGCUACUCCUUCUCACAAGAAGAAUUAAAUAUGGCAUUAAAAAUUCACAAUGCUGUCAAUGAAGAAACAUGGAAUAAAAUAAUGAAAAGAGAACAAAAAUAUUUUGAUCUAUGUAAAGAACAAAAAUUAAUCAAAUUUGUAGGAUAUCCUACAAAAUUAUCAAUUAAAGCUUUUAUGCUCACACUCAUAGGAUAUAAUAAACCUUUUGAUAGGCAUGAGUGGCACAUAGACAGAUGUGGAAAUACCAUCAAAUAUAUUAUUGAUUACUAUGAUGGUAAAAAAGAAAAAAAUUCUGCAGUCUCAAUUUAUAUUGAUGCCAGACCACAAUUCAAUAGACAAAAUGCAAUAGAUAAUUUUAAAAUUAUCUAUAUAAAAAUUUGCAAGUUUUUAAAUAACCUUUUUUAA